AUGUUUGAACAAGGAGUUUAUUCUGACCAGAGCAUAUGUGAUGAGGAAGAUGCUUACAUGGAGAACUUAUGUUCUGAAAGUGAAGAAGGCUAUGGUCGUGAAUCAGACAGAGAAGAACUUGAGCAUGAACCACCAGAUUUUAUUCAAUACAACUCAAGCCAGCAAAAGUGGUAUAAAGAAGAAUUGGAAGGCCGUGGAGAGAUAAUUUUCAAGUAG